ACUUGAAUUUAAUUUGAAUCCAGAAUUCAAAGGGAGUGCAUGCCAAGAGCUCAUCUUGAGAAGGAGGAACCUGCAGAAAUGUUUCAGAAAACUGCAUUAAAAAUAGCAUUUUUCUUUGUACUACAAAUCUGCUCUACUCUCGAAGACUGUUCACUUCCGGGCCGAAUUAGCAAUGGGGGUGUUACCUACGAGUCCACUAACCUGAACAGUGUGGCCAGGUAUUACUGUGACCCAGGGUACAUGUUAAAUGGCCCUUCGUCUCGGAAAUGCGGUUACUUUGGCUGGUCUGGGAAGCCACCAAAGUGCAUACCAAAAUCUUGUGGAAGUCCUGGAGACAUUUUAAACGGGUGGUAUGAGGCUUCAGACAAUGUGUUUGGAGCCAGAGCUACGUUUCACUGUGACGAGGGGUUCAAGAUGAUUGGUAAAAAUUACAGGAUGUGUGAACCUGAGGGCUGGUCAGGACAAGUCCCGACGUGUGAGCCUGUCAAAUGUGUUGAUCUUCCACCAAUCAAAAAUGGAAAGACGCCACCUCCAUCUAACGGCGAGUUCUGGGAAUACGGAGCGCUGGCCAAGUUUUCCUGUCUUGGAGACUACUCGUUGAUUGGUGCAGAGAUGAUUUAUUGUUUAGCAUCUGGCAACUGGAGCCACGAUCCACCGACAUGCAGAGAUGUUCGUUGUACUAAGCCACCAACUCCCAAAAAUAGCCGCAGCAUAUCGAAACCUGCAUACUUCUUCAAGUACGGUGAGACAAUCGUGUACGAAUGUGAUGCUGGUUUUGGAAUGAUGGGCAGCGGUGUAAUCAAAUGCACUGAGAACAGUGAGUUCCAGCCUGCUCCACCCACCUGCAACUUAACCGGAUGCUACCGACCCGAGCACAUUGUGAAUGGACGGAUCGUGAAUGAGAAGCCAGUAUACACACAGCAUGAGACCGUCAGGUAUAUCUGCAGAGAUGGCUAUAAACUGACUGGCAGUGAAACCCUUUCUUGUAAGGGGAAUGAUACUUUUGACCAUCACCCACCUUCCUGCAACAGCAUUACUUGUCGUCUACCCGCACAUUUACCAAAUGGAUACAUUAAACCAUAUAAAGCCUUCUAUAGAUAUGGAGAUCAUCUCAGUUUCGGCUGUAAUCCUGGAUAUAAACUGGUGGGCAACAGAGAGAGUGUGUGUGUAGGUGAAGACAACUUCAGCAAUCCCCUACCCACCUGUAAGAAAGUGUAUUGUAAUGUACCCAGGAAUUUACACAACACAAACAUUGCACCAUGUAAACCCAUCUACAACCAUGGAGAUCAGCUCAGUUUCAGCUGUCAUCCUGGAUAUAAACUGGUGGGCAACAGAGAGAGUGUGUGUAUAGGUGAAGACAACUUCAGCCAUCCCCCACCCACCUGCAAGAAAGAGACCAGUCCAUGGAUCAUUCCGAGCUCAACCUAUGAGAGGAUCAAAGAUAUCAUUCAGCAGAGUUACAACAUCAUUGAAGAGCAAACACAUAUCAUCCAAAUGGAAAAUCAACUUCAUGAGAGGGAAGGAAAUAUCCUUUUAAGAUACCGAGAACUUCUCCAAAGAAUUGAACUACUUGUUAGCAGACCAAGCAUGACUAAACCUUCCUAAAUGUUGUUUCAUUGUUAUUUGUAAACACACUGUAAUGACAAUUCCCCAAGUUGAUUCUAUUGACACAACUGAAGACCUAAAUUUUUAUCUUCUGAAAUAAAGUUGGGCAAAAACGG